CGUUUUGUAAAACCAAAACAAAUAAAAGAAAAUUUCGGAUAAAAAUGUUUUCACAAAUAUUUUUACCAAUACUAAUACUAACUCAAGCUAUAGCUGAGGAAAGUGACAUAGAAACACUUUUCAAGGAGACAAAAGUAAUACCGGAUGUUUUGCAAACGGCACCAAAGGAAAAAUUAAAGCUCGAAUUUGCAAAUGGCCUUCUGGUGGGAGAUGGCAAAGAGUUUACUCCCACCGAAACUAAGGAUGCUCCAACACUUGAUUGGUCUUCGGAUCCCAAUACUUACUACACUGUUUAUAUGGCUUCACCUGAUGCUCCGUAUCCUGAUAAUCCUAUAUGGAAAGAAUUUAUACAUUGGCUAGUGGUGAAUAUACCCGGUAAAGAUGUCGAUAAAGGAGAAGUUUAUAGCCCUUAUUUAGGUCCUAUUUCUCCCAAAACUGGCAGUGUCAUGCGUUAUGUAUUUUUGGUCUACGAACAGCCGGGUAAAUUGGAAUUUAAUGAACCUUAUGUUAAUCAUUCCCAGUUGGAAGGACAUUCUAAUUUUAAAGUAGAGAAAUUUGCGGAAAAAUAUAAUAUGGGUAAACCAUUGGCCGGUAAUGUCUUUCGUAGUCAAUGGGAUGAAUACGUGCCGAUAUUGCAUAAACGUAUGGGAGUAACAGUGGAUGAAUAGGUUUAAAUUAAAUUGUUGAAAAAAAUAUAUUAGUCUAUAACUGCAUCAAUGGGGAAAUGGUCAUGAUUUAUGGAAAUAAGAUAAAUAUUUUUUGUUUAUUAAUAAGUAAUUAAAUAAAUUGUAGAAAACACUAUGCAUUGCACCAUAAUUAA